GCCCACCGCCCGCCCGCCAGCCGAGCAGCCGGGCUGGCGCGCUCGGUUUCUCCGCGAAAGCCGGCCGUGUACCUAGGAAUUAACCGGCCGGCGCGGGAGGGAAGGGGAGGGGAGCGGGGAGCGGGGAGCGGGAAGCGGGGCGGGAGGGGGGGGGAUGCUGAGCGCGCGCGAGAACAAUAAUAAGAUCGUGUUUGCGGUCGCUGCCCGAGAAGGAAUUCGGAGCAGACGCCAGGCCCGGCGCUCGCGCCGCGCCCGGGAGCCCGGGAGGGAGGCCGGCGGCGGCGGCGGCAUGAGGCAGGCGACGCGGCGCUGGUAAGCAGCGCGCGCGGCGGCGGCGGCGGCGGCAGCGGCGGCGGGGACCUUGGCGCGGCCGGACGCGGGCUAGCGCCUAACGGCCGGGGGCUCCCCUCCCCCGCUGCCGGGCCGUGAUUUGCCGGGCCUGCUGCGCCCCCCGCCCACCCCUUGCCUCAGCCGCCGCCUGGCCGCUUCCCCUCGUCGGAGCGGCCGCUAGUCCGCCCGGCUCCAGGCCCGCGGGGAGCGCGGCGCAGUCCGUUGGCCCGCGGGGGGGCGGCCUCCCGGCAUCUUCGCGGCGACCAAGGACUACCAGGAAGGGGAGCGGCUGGGAUGGCGCGUCCGCGGCCCCGCGAGUACAAAGCGGGCGACCUGGUCUUCGCCAAGAUGAAGGGCUACCCGCACUGGCCGGCCCGGAUUGAUGAACUCCCAGAGGGAGCUGUGAAGCCUCCAGCAAACAAGUAUCCUAUCUUCUUUUUUGGCACCCAUGAAACUGCAUUUCUAGGUCCCAAAGACCUUUUUCCAUAUAAGGAGUACAAAGACAAGUUUGGAAAGUCAAACAAACGGAAAGGAUUUAACGAAGGAUUGUGGGAAAUAGAAAAUAACCCAGGAGUAAAGUUUACUGGAUACCAGGCAAUUCAGCAACAGAGCUCUUCAGAAACUGAGGGAGAAGGUGGAAAUACUGCCGAUGCAAGCAGUGAGGAAGAAGGUGAUAGAGUAGAAGAAGAUGGAAAAGGCAAAAGAAAGAAUGAAAAAGCAGGCUCAAAACGGAAAAAGUCAUAUACUUCAAAGAAAUCCUCUAAACAGUCCCGGAAAUCUCCAGGAGAUGAAGAUGACAAAGACUGCAAAGAAGAGGAAAACAAAAGCAGCUCUGAGGGUGGAGAUGCAGGCAACGACACAAGAAACACAACUUCAGACUUGCAGAAAACCAGUGAAGGGACCUAACUACCAUAAUGAAUGCUGCAUAUUAAGAGAAACCACAAGAAGGUUAUAUGUUUGGUUGUCUAAUAUUCUUGGAUUUGAUACGAACCAACACAUAGUCCUUGUUGUCAUUGACAGAACCCCAGUUUGUAUGUACAUUAUUCAUAUUCCUCUCUGUUGUGUUUCGGGGGGAAAAGACAUUUUAGCCUUUUUUAAAAGUUACUGAUUUAAUUUCAUGUUAUUUGGUUGCAUGAAGUUGCCCUUAACCACUAAGGAUUAUCAAGAUUUUUGCGCAGACUUAUACAUGUCUAGGAUCCUUUUAUCAAGGCAGUUAUGAUCAUCAUUUUCCUGCCUUGACCCCACCAUCAUCAAACACUCAGUUAAAUAUAAAUUAACAUUUUUUAGAUGACCACUUAACAUAAUGCUUAAGAAUGGAAUUUCCUCUCUGUGACAGAACCCAGGAAUUAAUUCCUAAAUACAUAAUGUUGGUAUAUUGAAGACGAAAUUAAAAUUGUCCUUCAGUUUUGAGGCCAUGUGUAAAGUUUAACCAUAUUGUAAAAUAUCUAUUCCGUAUUAGAAAUAGCUAGUUGACAGCUUAUACUUCUCAAAAUUCAUAUUGUUAUGUACACAAACUAAGUUUCUAUAUGUGAAGUUAGUGAGUCUUUUUGUGUUACUCCAAAAUAAAGGCAAUGAUUUAUUUUUUUCCCAGUGCCAAUACAAUUUUGAGCUAAGCACUCAAGGUGGAUACUUUACAUUUUAAAGCUGGAAUCAGCAACAGCCCUAUGGGAAACCAGACAAAGCAUUGACUUUUAAAUGUAGACUUUUAAAAUAAACUGUUUUCUUUUGGAACUACAAUUAGAAUAGUUAAUAUUCAUCCUUAAACCAUUAUUAUGUGUACAUUAUUGUUGCUAUUGUGAUAAUAGAGAAUUUUAUUUAUUUUUAUGCCAGCUUAUAUUGUGAGAACACAGUCAGUCAGUUUGGGUUUUAUCAAUCCUGUUAAUGCUUGUCCUUGGAACAUCUUUCGCGUAUUCAAGGUUUGUAGUUGAAAAGUUUACUGUAAAAAAAUCAAAAACAAAAAAAUGUAUUGUUUUUACAGAAUAAAUUUAUUGGAAUGUGUACUGGGAGUAAGAUUUGAGGUUGUAAGCAAACUAAGUUAGUGUAAUUUGGCUUCAUAUAUGUAACGUGAGGUAUUAAUGUAAUUCAUAUAUUAAAGCAAAAAUUGUUCACAGCAAGCUGACAAUAGAAUCAAGUGCAGGUGAGGGUUUUCUUUUUCUUUUUUUUUUUUUAAACACUCUCUGGGUUUUAGAUUAUUUGAAAACACUGUAGGGGAUGAUGGGGAGAUGACUACAUGAUUUGCUUACACAUACAUAUUUACCAGCCCAGUGGACCCUAGAUUUUGUAACUUGAUAUUAUCCAUGCAUUGAUUUGUAUCCCAUUUUCUUUUGGUUUUCUUGGUGAGAGCUAAUAAAAACAUGAGAAAAUGUGA